CCAACGUCACAGCCGUUAGAUCGGGGGACAGAAAACGUUGUAACACCUGACCAACGGGCGCUGCUGUGUGGAAUCCUACAUGAAUGGAGAGAAAAAAGCCCUGAACGUCGAAUCGUUUGUGCUGGGAGUGGAAGCUGGACGCGAAGCUUUCGUCCUUUCGGCUCUGUGUCUGUCGGAUUAACGCCUCGUCUCCGCGCCACAAGUUUAAAGCGCGUCUGGGUGUGAAGCGGAAGCGGAGCAGCUGUUAGCCUGAAGCCCAGAAGCGCCAGUCAGAGGAAACCCGGAGCAAACAUGCUGCAAAGCCUCCUGCUGCUGCCCGUGGAGACCCAGAUAUUCUAUGCCGUCCUGGGCUUCUCCUGGACGGUGUAUCUGUGGGAGGCGUACCUGUCCUACAGACAGAGGAGCGUCUACAGGACAACCACACACGUCCCACAGGAACUCGGCAAGAUCAUGGAUCCUGACACCUUUGAGAAGUCCCGCCUGUAUCAGCUGGAUAAAAGCAACUUCAGCUUCUGGUCGGGGCUGUACUCCGAGACCGAAGGAACGCUGAUCCUGCUGCUGGGGGGAAUCCCCUUCCUGUGGCACGUCGCCGGCUCCGUGACGGCCCGCUGCGGAUUGGGCCCAGACUAUGAGAUCGCCCAGUCCUUGGUGUUUCUGACUCUGGCCACGCUGUUCAGCGCCGUCACUGGGCUUCCCUGGAGUCUCUACAACACGUUUGUGAUCGAGGAGAAGCACGGCUUCAAUCAGCAGACGUUGAGUUUUUUCCUGAAGGACGCUGUGAAGAAGUUUGUUGUGACCCAGUGCAUCCUGCUGCCCGUCACCUCGCUGCUCCUCUACAUCAUAAAGAUCGGCGGAGAUUACUUUUUCAUCUACGCUUGGCUUUUUACUCUGAUUGUCUCUCUGGUCCUGGUAACCAUCUAUGCGGACUACAUCGCUCCACUCUUUGACAAGUUCACCCCGCUGCCGGAGGGAGAGUUAAAGACGGCGAUAGAGGACAUGGCCAAGAGCAUAAGCUUCCCCCUCACUAAACUCUACGUGGUUGAAGGGUCCAAGCGCUCUUCGCACAGCAACGCGUACUUCUACGGGUUCUUCAAGAACAAGCGCAUCGUGCUGUUUGACACUUUGCUGGAGGACUAUUCCCCUCUGAACAACGGCGGGGAGGCGCAGCCGGCAGAGAGGGACGAGGCGCCCAGCGAACCCAAGACCAAAGCCAAGAACAAGAAGCAAGGAUGCAACAACGCAGAGAUCCUGGCCGUUCUGGGUCAUGAGCUCGGCCACUGGAAGCUCGGUCACACCGUCAAGAACAUCGUCAUCAGUCAGAUGAAUUCCUUCCUCUGCUUCUCCCUGUUCGCCGUUCUGAUCGGACGCAGGGAGCUGUUUGUGGCGUUCGGAUUCACUGAGAGCCAGCCCACAUUGAUCGGCCUGAUGAUCAUCUUCCAGUUCAUCUUCUCUCCUUACAACGAGCUGCUGUCCUUCUGUCUGACGGUCCUGAGCCGCCGCUUUGAGUUCCAGGCGGACGCCUUCGCCCGCGGCAUGGGCAAAGCCUCAGAGCUGUACUCGGCUCUCAUCAAGCUCAACAAGGACAACCUGGGCUUCCCCGUGGCGGACUGGCUCUUCUCCAUGUGGCACUACUCCCACCCCCCCCUCCUGGAGCGCCUCAGGGCGCUAGGCGACGCCAAGCAGGACUGACGGGGCUGGAAGGGGGAGCGGCGAGCGCUGCCUCCUCCUAAGGGCCUCCGCAGACCUCUCCUGGCCCUGUGACACGCUGCCUGACCCCUGACCCCUGACCCCCCCCCCCCCCCCCCAUCUGUCCCCGAACCGCUGCGUUUUAUGUCAUUUUAGCCCUCCCUCCACUUUCCGUACUUUCAAGAAAACCAAAACAUAUCGGCGUGAGGCGACUCGGUCCAGCGUCGCCGUUUAUGCAGUUCGCUGUGAGGAGUCGUCUGGACAAUGUUUGUUUAGUAAAAGGUUGUUAGAGUACAGUUUAGUUUGCAGGUUGAUUCGGCACUUUUGGGUUUAAAAAUUAUUUAUUGAUUACGUUGUUCUGUAUAUAUUUUAAAAGACGUUUUAGGAUCGUUUUCCGGGGUCUCGGUGCUGAGACGCAGACAGGAUGUCAAACUAGUGACGAGUUUUCUUGCGGUAGUUUGUAAAGUUGUCUGUUUAUUAAUUAAGUAGGCGUAGCGUGAACGAGAAUAAGCCUCGUCUGUACUCAUGACAACGCUUUUUUUUAGAUAAACAGGCCAGAUUCAGAUUCGUCCUGCGACUGCAGCUGCAGGCCCUUCAGAAUAGUUUCCAAUUUCUUUUAAACGAACAAUUUGAUUGAAUUCCAAUUUUUCUUUUUGUUAAUUAGCCGGUAAUCAUCACAAAUGUGAGUGCCUCUGAAUCUCUUUUUGUUCUGAUAGUGGACACAGUGUGAACAGAGCAGUUCAGAAAGUUUUAGUUAACGUUAAAUUAGACGUCUGAUUUUUAUUUUCUACAUGAAAUGAGAAGAUGUGUUUAUUUUUCUUAAGUAUCUGCUUGCAGUAAAGGGUCCCAACCAGGCCUGUACAUAUUGUGAUUGUAGUGAGUAGGUUUAGGGAGUAUGGAGUGAAAAUGUUGAAUGUGGGUUGAAAUUUUAAGUUGACACAAUGUUUAAUUUCUUGUCCUGUUUCGGCCCGGGGGUUGCCUGGCAAGCAAAGUAUUUAUGGGGACAUUGGAAGGGGGGGGGGGGGACUUUCCUUCAGCACACCAGCCAGAGUUUGGUUUGCUCAAAAAGGGGAUAGAUUCUUUCUUUGCUGUGUUGAAUAAAAUUCUGCAAAGCCUUGA